UCGUCUCAGAAGUAAGAAAUUAUGGACAGUUGCAGUGUCAUCCUUUUAUUUACAUAGAACGCUAUGGUGAACUUAAAUGAAAUAAAUACAGUAAGCUUUUGCAUGGUUUGAGGUUUAAUAUUAAGAAGCAAGAAAGUUAAAGGAUUCAUCAGUUUGUUCAACAUAAAUGCUCUGUAUUCUUUCUGAUUAACUGGAUGUUAUCCUAAUAUCAUCAAGUGACAUAUUUCAUUGUAAAAAAGUGUCAUGUUUUCUUAUUUGCCUCUAUUCAUGGCCAAACUUUCAUGAUGUAAGUGUGUUAUUCCAUAUCAAGUUUACCCAAAAAACCUAGUUUUCACAAUGACUAUCAGGGAUUUUCAUUACAAUUUACAUCAAUGAAGAUUAUGAUAGAAAGAGCUUGCAUGCUUAAUUUACAAACAGUUGUCAGUCCAGUAACAUGCAAGACUAGAGAAAAAUGUACACAUGAACAUUGCUCAAUAUUGAAUAUAGACUGGUUCCUUUUUAAGGAAGACCAACAUUGUGUUUGAAAAUAAUUAUUGAGAAGGAAUGUCAUAAAGUUGAUGUGAACUUUAAGGAUGUGAAUGACUUAGUGAAGCGGAGAAGAUGCAUUAAGGCAUGGAAGGAAACCCCUAGAUAAAAGCAAAGUCCUGACUAUGACAAAUGGUGGUUAUGGUGAUAUGAAACUAAUACUAGGAUGCCCAACAAUUGAAACUAUAAACUAUAAAAUUCCUAUUUUAAAAUAAAGAGUCCAAAAGUAUUUAUUAUUUUAAUUUUCUUUGGAAAAGAUAGCAUUCUUUGGAUUUUGAUAUGCAUGGGUUUUCAUCGUGAAGAUCUGCAUUUUAUUCUUCCAAAAAUGCUCAACUUCAAAACAAUAAGGCAAUUUCAAGUUCUGAAAAAAGAAACCAACUAAGAAACUUUUAGUAUUAAAACACCAGGAAGCCAAAUUAAGAAACUUUCAGAACUCAGUGUUGAUCCAAGUUUCUAAUAAAAUAAACACAUGUAGUAAUGUAUCAGCCUAACAGUUUGGUUUUGUUUCUCCAUUUAGGCAAAAAUUAGCUUCAAGAUAUUUGCAGAAAACUUAAGACCUCAUUUGAUAUUUUGCAGCUUAAUGUUUUCCUUUUAAGCAUGACUCAAAAUGUUGAAAUCUCUAAGAGGACAUUAUUUUCAUGUGAAAAAAGGAUAAACCUGAUAUCUUACAAAAAAUGCAAAUCUAUACUUCUGCGAAAAACAAAAUUAUAAAGGAAACAAUUUUUGAUCUUAAAAUUUAGUCAGAAUAUUGUCAUUUUUAGUAAGGUUAAACUUGAAAUUUAGCCAUAAGACAUCGUGAUGUUUUCUACUUGGAUAAAAAUUAUGGUCAUAUUCAAAAUAGCCGCGAAAGGAAUUUUGAAUGUUUUCAAAGGCCGUAGAAAGCUUGUAAGUGCGAUUUGCAAUCAUAUCGCUUAUGUUUGAUGCUCGGAUAAGAUUGAAAAUAACUACAAUAUAUUUUGUAGUUAUUUUUCUAUAACAUUUGAUUUGAUUUGUAGUCAUUUGAAUCUAUAACCUGGCCAACUUUAUUUUUUUCCAGGAACUGCUAUUGCCUUUAAAAAUGACUCAGAUUUUUACGAAAACUGUCUUAAAAUUAUAAAAGACAAUAUGUUUCACACUAAAAUGCCUUGAAAAAUGAGUCAAAAUUUAAUGAAAAGAUUAGCAAAAGAAAAUGUGGUUUAAACGUUCAUAGAUUGCUGAAUGUUUUGGGACUAUUGUGUAACAGUAUCAAAGGAAAAGAUUAAAGACUUUUUCCAAAGAUUUCGUUUUUUUGUACGAUGGGAUCGUGGAAUUUAUAAUUUUUCAAAAUACUUCUUGCCAUUCUUUACUCUAUCUCUAACUUUAAAAGUCACAUAUUAAAAGCCACUUUCUGAACCUUGUUUAUACCCUUUCAUUUCUUUCUUGUUACAUUUGGGGUCUGCUGAAACGCGCUCGUUUAGCGACUUUGCUAAUUGUUUUUGACGUCAUAAAUAAACGCAUGAAGACUUAUGUGUGGACGCAGGUGAAUGAAAACCAUCAACGAAAGAAACGCAGCAUCGAUAGCAUGAAUGAAAAGAACAGAAUUGAAGACGACAAUACAAAAAUUGAUCAGGUCAGGAAUGAAUGCCGGAGUUUUAUCAGCAGAACACCUGGUCAACACAGGAGGGUCAGUGCUGUUAUUGAUCGAAAAGUAUGGCAAGUGGAUACCUUGCGACUUACCGAUACAUUGGAGUCUUCUGAAGUAAAAAGGGUCAUAAAGAAUGAAACAGAAAAAGAAAGAAAACGAAAAAUGUCAGCUCCGUAUGGUGCAUCAGUUGAAAUAACAGACAUGCAGUUUCAUGAAAGAUGCCGAAGACUGUCAAAUGUUCACGAAGAUUUGUUCAAGCUCUUUUCCAUUCACAAUGCCGUAGUCCAGCGAAAAUUUGAGCAGCAGAGGUUGGUUACAGAAGUUAAUAAGCAGCUUGUUCUUGAAGAACUACAGCGAAAAUCGGCACAAAAGGCGGUAAAAUAUGCUGUAGAAAUCGAAAGAGAACGCAGAAUUAAAAUUCUUCAAGAGAUGGCUCAAGGGAAAAGCGACAAUGCACUUGAAAUUGCUGAUAUGAAUGCUCGUCUGUCAAAAGUUCAUAUUGAACUUAAGGAUGCUUUUAGAUACAUUUGGGAAAAAGAAGGAAAGAAGGAACAGGAGAGGUUGAGAAAAGCCUCGGAGGCUAAGAGGGAGGUGAUAAAAGUUGCUUCCGUGGCUCAACAGAGCUCAAAAUUGGAAGACAUUGAGAAGAUAAGAGAUAAAGAGGUAGAAUCUUUGCAAACUACUGAACAAUUCCGAAGGAUUGUUCAAGACAAGCUUAAAGAUAUACAAGAAGAGUUAGCUUCAAUAUUUGGUAUAUUCAAGGAAAGAAUGAAACUGAGAGUGGUACAAGACAAAGAAAUAGAUACAAACUUUCAAGAUGAAGAUGAAAGUGUCAAAGAGUCUAUGAAGUCCUAAAGUCAUAAGAAGAAUAUUUUUGUCAGCAAUGACGAACACGUUUUUAAGAUGAAAAAACUCAAAAAUCGUUUACGAACCAUCUCUUGAAACCCUUUGACAAGAACAAACGUAUUCCCUGUACUAAUAAAUACAAAAUUGGUAUUAAAAAAUUAAACAAUUGUCAAAUAUAUGCCAUUCAGUGUCAUUUAUUGAGUAUGUUUUUAGACUUUUUAACUAAAGAGUUAAUAACGCCACGGUGUUUUAUACGCACAGCUUCCAAAAUCGGGCCUUUUAAAAUUUUAUUCUUUUAGGGAAAAUACAAACACCUGAACUAUUUUCUUCUCCUUUUAGUUAAAUGAUAUUCUUAGAUUUGUUCUCAAUCAAAAAUUUUGUGAUAAUUUUCUAAACUACUAAGGGCGUUAAAAACAUAGCCUUUAAAUAUCUUGAAAGCAAAGGCUCGCUAAUUCAAUAGCGUGCCUCUCUCUAUACGAGAAAUUCUUCCAUCCUCAAAUGCCAUUCUUGCAACACAAGCAUGUAUGAAUUGCCUUGAAAGGACCACUAGAACGCUCAAGUGUGCUUAAAAGUAUGUUCAAAUCAGAAUUGUGUUCAAAGUGGAAAGCCUCAAAAUCUGGUUUUGUCACAAAAGCUACAGUCUUAUAUCACAGUGCUUAUAUCUUAGUGAAGAAAACGUCAUGUUUAAGAAUAACCAAUGGUUCGCUGAAAGCCAAAAGCUCUCAUUUAUUUUUAGAAGCGCGUUUUAAAGCAGCGUGUUAUCGAAUUUUAAAAACCGUUGACCUCAAGUGAAGUUCGUUCGAGUAAUGUAUAAUCCGCAGUCUUUGCAUAAGGCUAGCUAAAAUACUUGAUCUAUGAAACCAGCAACUGGUUCCUUGAAAGUAUUCCAGAAACUUUGGAUUUUAUAAUCUUGCGAAUUGCAGGUAUACAACAGAGUAGAAUUAUAAUAAUAAUAAUAAUAAUAAUAAUUAAUUAAUUUACAGUAGGCGUUUUUUACAGUAGUAGCUAAAACGAUAAGCUAACUAAAGCCUACUAAUUAUAGGAAUAAGAAUUGAAAUAUAGCACAUGAUGUGUUUAUCUGAUAGAACCUGAUCAUUUAUCUGAUAAUUAAUUGAGGCAAUGGAAGUUUAUUCUGUUGUAGCAUCCGUCAAAUGAGGUUUUAGCGAAACAGAGGCGCAUGGUGUAAGUCUAGCAUGAACUUGGGGGAGUAGUGGAGGGGUGUAGGGGGGCGUAGCAUCCCCAAUAUUUCACGAAUUCGUCGGUAAAUAUUCAGUCUGUCUACAAAAUCCUUAGUUUGUCGGUAAAAUUAUCUAUCAGUAGAAGAAAUAGCACGUUAAUUCCUCUCGAUCUAUGUCUUCGUCGGUAAAUUUUCCUAUUGAUGAUUCUCCAUCCCCCUUGUCUGGAAGAUCAAGCGACGCCACUGAAUGAACUUUCAUGUUGGCAGUCCUUCGCACCGACUUGCCUUUUUGCAUGCUCUGAAUGUCACUUGCUGAAUAGAUGGGUUCGUGACAAAAUUUUGUAAAGGCAAUAUUCCUUAACGAAUCAUCCAUGAAAAAUCAGUGUGCAUAUCUGUUUUACGGUGCUCAACGUAAUACCCAAAACUCUACUCCAAGGCUUUUAAAAUUAUUGGUUUCAGUAGUUCUGUGUUUCAUAUUAAAUGUGAUCACGAGGAAACAGGCAGAGAGCACACAAUAACUAACAAAUCAAACAAAUAAAUCAACACAAAGAAUUAAAGAUAGCUUGUAUUUUGCCCUGGCAUGCAACAGAGUGAGCCUUUGGGAUUCAACAGAGUGAGCCUUUUAUUUUUUACACUCUUUUAUAAGAAUACUAUACAAUUUCUCAAGCCUCUAUAUUCCUAAGAACAUUUCUUUUUGAGCCUGAAUUCUUAUUCUUUUUAAAACUGAUACGGUUUAGGGUGACAACAAUAAAAACCACGCUUGUUGUAAAGGAGACAUGUCAGUUCUGCAAUUCCCUGUUAUGCGUACCAAAACAGGCAACUGCUGAAAAACGAAACACAAAAAUUUGAGCUGAGGCUGAGCAAUAUUCGUAUGAUAUUAUAGUAGGCUGUAUGCCUCUGAGCCUGAAUAUUCUCAUUUGUUUAACAACAUAAAAACCGUGUAAUGAAGCAGAAUCUAUGUUGAAGUCAGCACCCAAGGAAUAGGCUGAUAGGAAUUCAGCUUUACCUAGGCUUUCCUGUCAGACUACGAUUUGGAGAAAGUGGCAGAAAAUGGAGAAGGUUUGGAGGAGCAAAAUCCUCCUAACAAAUAAUCUGAUACCUUCACCCAAAAAGGAAGACAAGAAAAUGUCGCUCAAACACACUCUGACACAUACACGGCGCUUGUUCCACCACUCAGAAUACUUAAUUUCCGUCACUGCUUUUGACCAGAGAAAGCAAAAGUUUGAGCGGAAUUAUUCUCCGUUUCAUUAAAGGUGGCUGACAUCAGGAGGCUUCACUGCAUUAGAUACAAUAUGUCAUGUACAAUGAUAUAGAAUUGAAUUUAUACAAGAAACAUCUAUAUUUACAACAUUGUUGCUCAACAUAAAACGAUUAAAACAAGGAUACGUUGGAUGAAGGGCAAAGGAGCUACAGAUCUGUUUAGGCUACUUUGUCAAAACCUUUCAGAAAUUUCGCCGCCUGUCAGAAUUUGUUUGAAAUUUCUAUCUUUAGUAAAUCCCUCAAUAUAACUUAUUUCCCAAGGCACCCUUUCAUAAAAACUGAGUAUUAAGGUAUUUCAGAGUUUCUGUACUUCUGCAAUGUCUCAGAAUUCACUGGCACAAACAUUCUUUAUAUGAAAUUUGAAUUUUCUUUCCAUUUUGAAUUACGCAUGACAAUCUCGCUAAACCAACCUAGAAUCAAUACUCGUAGUUUUGAUCAAUUCGCUACUUAAAUCAAUUAUCUCAACCUGAACAGGUUUGAGAUCGUAAGUCUACAAUCCAUGCCAAAACUAUCGGAAUGCUGGAGGAAGCCUAAAUUAUUCUUGUAAUGCUCCGGUUAAUAAAACAACUUUCCUUUUUCAACAUGUCAAUCUCAACAAGCCUGACGGGACACAGAAUUCCGUCAAAAUAUCAGGGUC